GGGAGAAUUUUCCAGAGGUUUGACUGUAGACUGAAGAGGCCUUUCACUGUCAUCUCUCUCUCUCUCUCUCUCUCUCUCUCUCUCUCUCUUCGAAUUACCCAACAAGCCAGGACAAUCUAAUAAACUAAGGUUACCUCUGAAGUUCAAAAAAACCCUAGAAUUUGAGACAUGGGGGACCUCUCAAGCGGCGGCGGCGAUCGGAAAGUGCCAAAACUUCCGAUACCGGGAAAGCGAAACAUCCUCAUAACGAGCGCCUUGCCUUACGUCAACAACGUCCCUCAUCUCGGCAACAUCAUCGGCUGUGUGUUGAGUGCUGAUGUUUAUGCACGGUACUGUCGGCUUCGUGGCUACAACACAAUAUACAUGUGUGGGACUGACGAGUACGGGACAGCCACUGAGACCAAGGCCUUGGAAGAGAAUUGCACGCCUCAACAGAUAUGUGACAAGUACCAUGCAAUUCAUAAGGAGGUCUACGACUGGUUCAACAUAAGUUUCGAUGAAUUUGGACGCACAUCAACUCCGCAACAGACUGAAGUCUGCCAAGCAAUCUUUAUGAAGCUGUUGGAGAAUAACUGGCUAUCUGAAAACACAAUGCAGCAGUUAUACUGUGAUACAUGCCAAAGGUUCCUAGCUGACCGACUUGUCGAGGGUGUGUGCCCAACACAAGGUUGUAAUUAUGAUUCUGCAAGAGGAGAUCAAUGCGAAAAGUGUGGAAAGCUAUUAAAUCCGACAGAACUACAAGAUCCUAAAUGCAAGGUCUGUCGAAACACACCACGCAUCCGGGAUACAAACCACUUGUUUCUUGAGCUGCCUUUGUUAAAGGACAAACUGGAAGAGUAUAUAAACCACGUGUCAGUGGCUGGGUCAUGGAGUCAGAAUGCUAUCCAAUCAACAAAUGCAUGGCUAAAAGAAGGGUUGAGACCUCGAUGUAUUACUCGAGAUUUGAAGUGGGGAGUUCCAGUUCCACAUGAUAACUUCAAGGAUAAGGUAUUUUAUGUCUGGUUUGAUGCACCUAUUGGAUAUGUCUCAAUCACAUCAUGCUACACAUCUGAGUGGGAGAAAUGGUGGAAGAAUCCUGAAAAUGUUGAGCUCUAUCAGUUCAUGGGCAAGGAUAAUGUGCCGUUCCACACUGUGAUGUUUCCGUCGACGCUUCUUGGGACUGGUGAAAAUUGGACUAUGUUGAAGACAAUAAGUGUUACUGAAUAUUUGAACUAUGAAGCUGGAAAGUUCUCAAAGAGUAAGGGCAUAGGUGUAUUUGGAAACGAUGCAAAAGAUACCAACAUUCCUGUGGAAGUAUGGAGAUAUUACUUGUUAACUAAUAGGCCAGAGGUGUCAGACACAUUGUUUACGUGGGCGGACUUGCAAGCAAAACUAAACAGCGAGUUGCUUAAUAAUUUAGGCAAUUUCAUCAAUAGAGUCUUGAGCUUUAUUGCCAAGGAUCCAGCUCUUGAAGACGGUAAAGGUGUUGGAUAUUGUUCUGUUAUUCCUGAAGCCCCAGGAGCCGAAUCACAUCCAUUAACGAAGACAUUUGGAGAAACAGUUGGUGAUUAUGUACAACAAUAUUUAGAAGCCAUGGAGAAGGUAAAACUGAAGCUAGGAUUGAAGAUUGCAAUGGCUAUCUCGGGUGAGGGAAAUGGUUAUCUGCAAGAGAGCAAAUUUUGGAAGCUUUACAAGGAGGACUAUCAUUCCUGUUCGGUAGUUAUGAAGACUGCAGCGGGGCUAGUAUAUCUCCUUGCAUGUCUCUUAGAACCUUUUAUGCCAUCUUUUUCCCUUGAGGUACUUAAGCAGCUGAAUUUGCCUCCUGAAACACAAGUUUUGCUUUCUGACGAAAAAGGAGAUAUUGAGAGGGCAAGGAGACCCUGGGAGUUCUUACCUGCUGGUCAUAAAAUUGGAACGCCAGAACCAUUGUUCAAGGAACUGACAGACGAAGAAGUAGAGUUGUUUAGACAGAAGUUUGCUGGAAGUCAAGCUGAUAGGAUUCUUAAGGCCGAAGCUGAAGCCAAAGAGCUCGUUGAGAAAUUACAAAAAACAGAAGUUUCAGAUGGACGGGUUAAGAAGCAACGGCCAACUAAAUCUGCUGCUGAAGCCAAACCUAAGGCCAGUGCUGAAGCAGAAAUUUCCAUUUGUAGACUUGAUAUUCGGGUUGGUCUUAUAACGAAAGCUCAGAAACAUCCUGAUGCCGACUCUCUAUAUGUUGAAGAGAUUGAUGUGGGUGAAGGACAACCUCGAACUGUGGUUAGCGGACUUGUGAAGUAUAUUCCACUCGAAGACAUGCAGAAUCGGAAGGUAUGUGUUCUUUGCAACUUGAAGCCAGCAACCAUGCGGGGUAUAAAAUCGCAAGCAAUGGUCCUUGCUGCGACCAGCAGUGAUCACUCUAAAGUUGAAUUGGUUGAGCCACCCCAAUCUGCACAUGUUGGAGAGAGAGUAACAUUUCCUGGGUUUGAAGGUAGUCCUGAUGACGUUUUAAACCCAAAGAAGAAGGUAUGGGAAACAGUUCAAUUGGAUCUUCACACUGACAAGGAGCUCGUUGCUUGCUACAAAGAUGUACCAUUCAGUACAUCGGCAGGGGUGUGCAAGGUUUCAUCCAUUUGUGGCGGCACAAUAAGGUAGGGGGCAGACCGAUCUAUCUGCAUAUUUCAGCUGAUUCCAGGAAGGAAAGAAGAAAUUAUCAAGGAGUUUUUAACCUUUUGCUCCUCUCCGUGUGUCCCAGUAGUUAUGUCUCUGAAAUACUUAAUAGAAGCCCCCUUAAUAUUGAGUGAAUAUAAGGACCGUUUGAGAGUUUUUCCAGCUCUUGAAUGUUACUUGCAAUCGCGAUUGCUUGAAUUUGGGAUUGCAAAUUUUGUACGACUGUCUCAGAACCAUUCAUUUUUUCUUGAAAUAUAGAAUUUUCUAUGAUCA